UAUACCCGAUCUGUUCGUUACUGUCCAGCUUUUUGGUGACAAUAAACCAUUGACUGUACCUGUUCGAACAAGUUACAAAGCUUUUAAAAACCAAUGGAGUUCGCUAUUACUGUGUGGGAUACCAGUAUCGGACCUCGUAAAGUAAAACCAAUAGGAGGGACCACAUUACGCUUAUUCGGUAAACAAUUUACUUUACGAAAGGGUAAACACAAGCUGUAUUUGUGGCCUGAUUGUGAAGCGGAUGGAAAUCAUGAAACAACAACACCGAGUAAAUUGAAGCAUAACGACGAUAAUGAUAUGAACAAAUUGGAAAAGCUCGUCAAGCGUUAUGAUUGUGGUGAUAUUCGACCUGUAGAGUGGUUGGAUAAUUUGGCAUUUAGACAAAUUGAAAUGAUACACAAGAAUGCUUCGAAUGUAUCCAACGAGCUAGCACUUUAUAUAGAUCUUCCCAAAUUCGAUUUUCCUGUAGUCUAUGGAGAAAUGGAAUAUUCUUUACCAGGUCCGUUUACUUCAAUAUUGCAUCAUGGAGGGCAAACAACCAACGAACUGCAAUCCCAAAUUCAACAAGAGACCCCCAUGAUAACAGCCAUGAACCAACCUAUUUACCCCGAUAAUACAAGUUUGGACACAAAUAACAGAGACAAUUUCCAGAAUAUACAUUAUUCCGUCGUACUUGAUCCGGACAUCUUACGAGAUAAUCCUGUCGAAGCUAAGCAUCGUCGUUUAGUACGUAGUCACCGCAACGGACCGUUGGAUAGAGAUCUUAAACCGAAUCCAAAAAUCCGCGAUGAAUUGAAUAGCAUCAUGUCAUACCCUCCUACACAACCGCUGACGCCAGAAGAAAAAGAUUUGGUCUGGAAAUUUAGAUUCUAUUUGACGAGGGAUAAACGUGGAUUAACGAAAUUCUUGAAAUGUGUACUUUGGACAGACCCUACUGAAGUCCGACAAGCUGUCGACAUAUUACCCCUUUGGGUAGAUAUCGAUGUGGAUGAUGCAUUGGAGUUACUCGGAAAAGAGUUUGAAAACAGAUCUGUUCGUACCUAUGCUGUAGACCAAUUAAGAAAAGCAGAUGAUGAUGAUCUCUUGUUGUAUCUUUUACAGCUUGUCCAAGCCUUGAAAUUUGAACGCAUUGAUGACAAGACAGAAGCCUCGUACGACUCUUCUCUUGUACAGUUUUUAAUUGAACGCGCUAUCAAUAAUCCAAUUCUUGGUACUUAUCUGUACUGGUAUGUGAUGGUCGAAUGUCAGGAUAAAAAGUAUGGCAAGAUGUAUGCCAAGGUGGCAUUUCAUUUCUUUGGAGAAUUAUUGGAGAUACCCGAUGGAUACGACAGAAGGGACGAGCUCAGGCGUCAAGGUCAAUUAAUUGACGAAUUGUCUAAGCUGUCUAAAAACAUUCGCGCUUCGAAAGACGGGCGCAUGAAAAAGAUUGAUAAGUUACGCUCAGUGAUUGGUGACCCAAAGGGACCACUUCAUGAUUUUAUUCCUCUAUCGUUUCCACUCGACCCCACCAAACAAGUAUCGGGUCUGGUACCUGCAAAAUGUGGCAUUUUUAACAGUAAUCUGCAACCAUUACGACUUGUAUUUAAAUGCGCCGACGAGCAAGAAUACCCAGUUCUAUUCAAGACGGGGGAUGAUCUAAGACAAGAUCAGCUUGUGAUCCAGAUCAUUUCAUUAAUGGAUAAAUUAUUACUGAAGGAAAACUUGGAUCUAAAACUAACCCCAUACAAAGUGCUUGCAACAGGGCCAGAGCAUGGAUUAAUGCAAUUUGUACAGUCUAGCUCUCUAGCUGCUGUCUUGAAUGAGCAUCAGAACAAUGUUCGUAGUUUCUUCAAAAAGCACCAUCCUAGCAGCGAGCCCAAUAACGUAUACGGUAUUGAUCCAAAGGUGAUGGAAACUUAUACUCGCAGUUGUGCGGGCUACUGUGUCAUUACGUAUUUGUUGGGUGUGGGUGAUCGACAUUUGGAUAAUUUACUCUUAUCACCCGAUGGACAUUUAUUCCAUGUUGAUUUCGGAUUUAUCCUUGGUCGAGAUCCCAAGCCAUUCCCACCUCCUAUGAAACUGUGUAAAGAGAUGAUUGAAGCGAUGGGUGGUGCGGAUUCUCAGCAUUACAUGAACUUUCAGCAAUACUGCUACACCGCGUUCAUCACUUUGCGUAGAAAUGCAAACCUUAUCCUCAAUCUAUUUGCCUUGAUGGUGGAUGCUAAUAUCCCUGAUAUCAAAAUUGAACCAGAUAAAGCUGUCAUGAAGGUCCAAGAGAAAUUUCGGCUGGAUUUGUCUGAAGAAGCAGCUAUUGCUCAUUUCAGAGGCCUGAUAUCUGAAAGUGUGAAUGCAUUAUUCCCCCAAAUUUUGGAGACAGUGCAUAGGUGGGCCCAGUAUUGGCGAAGAUAAUCCCGCUAACGAAGAUGGAUUUUUUUUUUUAUAUUCCCUCAAAAUAAAAAACCCUUUUGGCGUCAUUCUAAAUAUUUCAACAUUUCAUAGGGUCGCACACAAGAAUAACAUCUUGUGCCUGAAAAAUGGCCCAAAAA